AUGUCUACUUCUCGCGAAACGGCCUCAUCCACCUGUGGCAGCUCCUCGUCGUCGCGGUCCUCCACCCAUUUACAUAAAGGCAGCGCAUGCUUGAACUGCAGGGGAGCAACCAGAGCUCAAGCUCUUGAAGAACAGAUAUCUGUCCUUCAAAGUCGAAUUCAAGAUUUGGAACAUCCAGGUCACUCAGAGCCUUCACUCCCUCUUAGCGACCCUUACCAUCGACAUCGUCCAGCAGAGUUUGCGUCGACCACGGUAAUAUCACAGCCUCUCCAAGAUAUCGACUUCCCCAUCGAGUAUCGUGAAAGAAUUUUGCAACGUUUCGUACAGCAAAGCAGCGAGGUCGGGUUCUUCCUGGACAUUUCCCGUUUUGUAGAGUCUCUUUCCGGUGUCAGUAGAGCACAGCCGUCCCCAGCACUUCUCAGCGCAGUGUAUCUUUGGGGUGUUCACCUCUCCCCAAUUAGCGAGCUUUCUGCAUACGAACCCAUUACUCUCCAGCGUGCCAUAGAAGCCGCCGCCCAAGGCCUCUCUGUCCGCCAUCCGCAAAUCAUUGUACAUUGCAUCCAAGCCGAAGUUCUUAUUGCAAAUUACUUUUUCCGCAAUGGCAGAGUACUAGAAGGGAAAUACCAUACAACCACCGCUGUGUCUCUCGUUCUUAGUGCACGACUCCAUAGAAUUCGCUUAUACAUAGGCGCUGAAGCUAUGCUUCUGCCGCCCGUGGAUCUGGUCGAGGAAGGCGAAAGAAUAAACGCGUUUUGGACUGUACUCAUUCUCAACAACUGCUGGUCUGCAGCUGAUGGCUCCCCUUCCAAUAUAUCGUACUCGAACCCAGAUGCGAAUGUUGACCUUCCAUGGCCGUUAGACAUGCUCUCCACGCGAAAGCGUCCAUUCUUUAUGAGCAGGCUUCCCGUGUGGGAGUCAGAUUCAGGCCUGGCAAGCAUGCAGCAGCAAGAGGCCGCGCGUUUCUUCGCAACUUUCUCGACUCUUGAAAGAGUCAUUCAAAGAUUUUUGGAAGAACUGCCGUCGCCAAUGACCAUGGCAGCCCAGUCAAGUCCGGGGGCUACAAUUGUUAUUCAUACCCUCGCACAGAUGUCUAUGAUACAGCUUCAUGCACCCUUUCUUGCCAGGAAUCCUUCCUCUCAUGGACGCACCGUGGAAGGAUUCCGUGCCAUCGUUAAAAUCAUUCAGAGCGUCGACAUAUCCAGGAGCUUGUUUCUGGAUCCUAUAGUUGGAGUCUUGUGGGCAACCAUUUGCAAACUAUUGAUGCAAGAAAUUUCCAGCGGUCAAGGCGCUUCCGUAGCUGGAAAUGAACCUUUGCAGUUGCUUAAUAACGUCAUGGGUGCGAUAUCCACAGGGGCUAGUCACUGGCCUCUCUUAGAAGCUCAGCUGACUGAUGUUCGUCGCAUGUAUACCGCUACAAGGCGGACAUCUGGGCACUAG